AUGCCUGUGCGUAGACGCUCACCGACAGAGCUAUCGUUCCGAACCGCAGACUGGUCGUGCCCGCUGAAGUGCGGCCAGUGCACACACACGAGAGCAAACGGGACCCGGUGCAGGAACAGAGUAUGUUUUGGUUCACCAGUGUGCUGGUUGCACAACUGCAUUAAAUACGGCGUGGAAAUCAAAGACUCGACGAUUCCUGGAGCAGGCAAAGGAUUGUUUGCAACAACAAGGCUCCCUAAAGACUCUUGGAUUUGUCCUUAUUCCGGUGAACCAACGACGAUGAACUGCAUACAUCAACGUUAUCCGGGGGCUAUGACAGCAGCGUACACCGAAAAGAUACCUGGUCCGGCAAACCUUGCCUUUGAUUGUGCAUGCUCAAGAGGAGUUGGUUCCUUAGCGAACGCUCGAUUCAACGCCGAUGGCAAGGUGUCUGCUUUAAGCCGCCAAAACUGUUUAUCGAGGUAUCGUCCCGUCGGAGAUGGUGUUCCUGGCGUGUGGCUGAAAACGACGAGAGUAGUCGAAGAUGGGGACGAAAUCUUCAAUUGGUACGGUGACGGCGGGUACCUUUUGCAAGACAAUCACUCAACGAGUCGAAGAGCGAAGGCUCCCGAUAGCCGACCCUGCUGAGGCUGAGCUGUCCUUGUCCACGAUUCUGAGAAACGUACACGUUUCCUUGAAACUACGUCUCGAGAGAGAUGCAUGUAGCCCAUCUGGAACCGAGCUGAAAUAUUGCCAUCUUACGUUGGAUUUUGGACGAGAGCGGCUUUCAGCAUGGGCUCAACUUUCUCAGCUCCGUGGAUUCCAGGUUUGCUAGACCGGCGGAGGGGGAGCCCUGGACCACAGGGACCACAAGGGAUUCAGGAAUACCGGGUGCGCGGGGUAUGCCACCGCCCGUACCGAAGAAUGGGGGAGUACCCAUGCCACCGCCUGGUCAAAGGACGUCGCCGCCAAGAGACGUACCGCCGUUCGGCGGAGGUGUAUCUGGAGGUGCGCCACCACCACCACGCCGUCAAAGCGCGCCCGCUCGAACGCCAGGACCCACUGAGCCUGCGGCGGUCGUGACUCCCGCACACACCGGGGGGCGGCGACUCAGCUUCGGCCCAACUCC